AAUUUUAAAUGCAUUAUAUUGAGCCUGCUGCUGCUGUUGUUUUGAUGAUGAUUAUUUUUUUGGUUUGAAGUCGCAGUUUGAAACACUGUUUUUAAGUUAGCGGCACGGCCAUGGACACCACCAUCACUACUACGGCUGAGGCAGCGCCUUCAACAGAGAACCUUGAGAUCAUAGACCAGCCGCUCUCGCUCCUCUUCCCCGCCCUCCAACGGCGACUGCAGCGCCAUGGCUUAGGCGACUCCGUCCCCGGGGAGUUCCCCUUGGCGGCGAACCCCUCCAUGGUCCUCCAUAUCCUCACUUCUUGUAACUUUGAUCCGCAGGAUCUUGCGAGGCUUGAGGCAAGUAGCCAUGUUUUCCAUUUCCCAGUGUUGGAAUUAGCAAUGCUUCUGCUGCUGAUCGAUCUCUGUGGUUGGUUGUUGCAGGCCACAUGUUCCUUCUUCAAGCAGCCUGCCAAUUUCGCACCUGACUUCUCUUUAUCCCUGCCUGAGCUUGCUGCAUUGGAUAUGUGCCUCAAAAGGACCAUCUUUAAGGCAAUGGUGGAAGAGGAAAGGGAAGUACUUAAGCAGCGAUGUGGUGGUUCUUGGAAGCUGGUCUUAAAGUUUUUGCAGGCGGCUGAAUCUUCUACACGCAGAGGGAAGUCUCAGGCAAUUGCAGGCCCUGGCCACAGCAUUGCCGUGACUUCCAGCGGUGCGGUCUAUUCCUUUGGUGACAAUAGCUCGGGGCAGCUCGGCCUCGGCACUUUAGAGAAUCAAGCACGGCCGCAGCUAAUCAGAUCGCUGCAAGGCAUUCGAAUAAUUCAAGCAGCAGUGGGAGUGGGGAAGACGGUGCUGGUCAGCGAUACCGGGCGAGUUUAUGCAUUUGGGGAGGACAAUUUUGAAGGAGAAGCAGAUUUGCAGAAUCAUGAGUUGAAGCUUGUUGCAGAGCCUCGGCUAGUGGAAUCUUUGAAGGAUAUAUUUGUUGUUCAAGCAGUAAUGGGUCGCUUAUUCACUGCAGUUCUCUCUGGGGAAGGCAGGGUGUAUACUUUAUGCUGGGGAGCUUAUGAAAAGCUAGGCCACCAUACUGAUUCGAGCGACCGAGAGCCCCGUCCUCUCCUGGGUCCUCUCGAGAAUUUACCUGUGGUUCAGAUUGCAGCUGGCUAUUGCUACCUUGUAGCACUUGCUUUUCAACCUAAUGGCCUGUCUGUGUACACUGUAGGCUGUGGAUUGGGAGGAAAGCUAGAACAUGGUUCCACAGCUCAUGAGAAGUACCCGAGGUUGGUCGCGCAUUUUAACACUUUGAACCUGCAGCCUGUCUGCCUUGCAGGAGGAAGCUGGCAUGCUGCUGUUGUGGGACGAGACGGGCGGGUAUGUACUUGGGGCUGGGGGAACUGUGGCUGCCUGGGCCAUGGCAAUGAAGAUUACCAGGCUCUUCCCAAGGUAGUGGAAGGCCUGAGCCACAUUAAGGCAGUCUAUGUUGCAGCAGGCGAUUCUACCACUUUUGUGGUCUCUGAUGCUGGGGAUAUCUACUCAUUUGGGUAUGGAGAAUCCUCAAAUCUGGGUCACAUAAUUGGAGCUCGUGGACAGGAUUAUAGUCCCAUAAUUCUAACAAAGCCAAAGUUGGUUACCUCGCUCAAUAAAGUCACUGAAAGGAUCGUGCAGAUUGGCCCUACGAACUCAUCAAGUUGGACUGCAGAUGUGCACACAUUUGUACUAACAGAAUCAGGGAAGCUUUAUGCCUUUGGGUCAGGAAACAAGGGUCAGCUGGGCAUUGAAUUCUCUGGGCAGCCGGGCAUGAAAGCUAAACCAGAAAGGGUCCAGAUCGAUCUCAGUUAGUUCCCGAGGUCUCUGAUACUAAGUAUUUUGUUCAUUCUUUUUUGCUUCCUUAGGUUUCCUAUCAUAUGGACCAUCAUUACCAGCCAGGACUACAACUUCUUAGUUCAUAUGCUUAUAGUGCUCUCCGACCGUAUGUUUAAAUUUGAGUUCUUUCUACAUGUAAAUGUGAAAGAUCUCUAAUUCAGUUUAUUAGCAAUAGUUAGAAGCAGGCGAGAAUGAACUUGUUGCCCUCAUACUUUUUCUCCAAGAAGGCCUUUGUAGAGUACAUUGCUCUACAAAGGGCCAGAUGCAGCAGCAACUAAUCACAAUUAUAAUUGAAUCAGGGACUAUGUGAACUUGUACUCCAUGAUGAUCAUGGUUUGGACUGAAUUCCAAUGAGCGGCAUUACAUUUUAGACUAUGAAUAUAACUCUAAUGCUUCAGAAUCUAUGACACUGCUGAGUGAUUGUACAACAGAGCAACCAUAUUGUCGUGGAAUGCCAAAAGAAUCAUGAAGUCUGUAUUCUGGCUGUUUUAUUUGCUAUGGAGCAAGCCUGUCUUCUGAUACUGGAGCAAAGAGGAGUUCUGGUGAUUUUUCUUUUUGAUUGUUAUUCUGAUAUCAGUUGAGCUGAGGGGAAAGCUUUGCAACCACCAUUCUUAAUGUCAAGAGCUUUUAAAUUGCCAUUAUAGAGACACCAACCUCCUAUGAAGACCUUGUAAUGGUUAAUGAUGUUUAAACCCCAUUGCCUCCAUGUUCUGCUGACCUUUUAGGCAAAGACUGAUGAAUGCUAGGGUGCAAGACUGUAGCUCAGAAACAACAAGAGAAAACAACCAAUUUUAUGUCAGAGGACCACUAUGGUCUAUGGGUGAGCAUUUCCUUGGUACAUAGCUCUCAUAAGCCUACAACAAUGGCUGUUUGAUAUAACUUAACUUCAGCUACCAAACCAUAUAUAUUGACUAAGGUGUCAUGUAUCAGGUAAUUUAAGGCAUCUGAUGUUGCGUAGGAGAGCUAGAAGCAUUCUGUCUAUCAGGUUAGCUGGUUAAAACCUUUUGGUGUCUAACAUACAAAGCGCAAGGUAGGAUUAGGAAGGGUCAUUUGCAAUAAAAAAAAGAGAGUACUGAUAAAUAACACUUAUUCCUUAAAGAUUGCAAAGACACUUGACAUAUCCUAAGAGUUUCUCUUUAGAUGUUCAUACAUCCAUCAUGUUCCUUAUUUGUACUCCAAAUUUUUAUUUUAUAGGAAAUUA